AUGGAAAUCCAGAGAAACAUCUCAGAAUUUAUUCUUCUGGGACUUUCUGAUGACAGGAACGUGCAAAUAUUUUGCUUUGUGCUUUUUUUACUCUGCUUUAUUGCCCUGCUGGUAGGAAACUUUGUGGUUCUCAUUUCCAUUCUAUGCAGCCCUCAUUUUCACCAACCCAUGUACUAUUUCCUUAGCCAGUUAUCAAUUAUGGAUAUCAGCUAUACCUCCAGUGUUACACCCAAAUUGAUCUGUGACCUGCUAGAGGGGACUCAAACCAUUUCCUAUGGUUAUUGCAUGGUACAGGUCUUUACCAUGCACUUCUUUGGCAGCAGUGARAUCUUCAUUAUUACAGCCAUGGCCAUUGAUCGCUAUGUUGCCAUCUGCAAACCUCUCCACUAUAUGAUUAUCAUGAACAGGACAAAAUGCAACUUCCUAAUUUUAGCUGCUUGGGCUGGUGGGGUUGCCCAUGCUUUUCUYCAAUUAYCCAUGACAAUGCAGUUGCCCUUCUGUGGUCCAAAUGAAAUUGAUCAUUACUUUUGUGAUAUUUUUCCUUUGUUAAAAAUUGCCUGUACUGAUACCUAUGUGGAUGGUAUCUUUGUGAUUGUUGGUUCAGGCGUGAUCCUAUUAGUUAUAUUUCUUAUUUUAUUUCUGUCUUAUGCCAUCAUAUUAUUCCAUUUAAGAAAUCACUCAGCUGAAGGAAGAYGCAAAGCCCUCUCUACCUGUGUGUCUCAUAUCUCAGUGGUAGUCUUAUUUUUUGGGCCUGCAAUAUUUUCCUACCUUAGACCUCCUACCGCUUUCCCUGAGGAUAAAGUGGUCGCRUUAUUUUACACAAUCAUUGCUCCCAUGUUCAAUCCCUUGAUAUAUACUUUGAGAAAUACUGAGAUGAAAAAUGCCAUGAGAAAAGUUUGGUUUCAUAAUAUGUUCUCAAAGGAAACAAAGAGUUAA